UACCUAUAUAAAUAUAGCAGAACUUGUUUACAGUGAUGGUUUCCAAUUCUGUUUAUGUUUAGUGUGGCGACAAUGGUUAGAAACUUACUUUACAGAAAAGUAAUGUGCUAAAACAUGAAACUUUGGUACAGUUAAAUAAUAGCUGUGGUCCAUGCUGCAGUUGAGACAGAAAUCAUCACACGUUACAGAAGUCUCCAAGUAAGCGAGUAGCAUCCGUUAAAAAAAACAAAACAAAACAAAAACAAAAACAAAAAAAAACAACGGAAGUGAAAUCUACGAGCGCACGUGCACAGAAAGUCACGUGACGAGGCCCCGCGAUGCUGAUUGACGUCCGAUGUCAGUUAAUCCCAGGCCGGAGCACUGUCAACUGUCACAAGAAAACGAAAGGACAACGAAACACAAUACUUGAAGUCGUCGCUAACUCAGCAUCGGAGUGAACAUAAGCAGCGUAAGCUCAGCGAAAGCAACUGAGGAAAGUAGAAGCUAUGAAGUUUAAUAUCAACGGAACAUUAAAUGGGGAUCUUAAUGAGUCUGAAGAUGCAGAUGAUGGGGAAAACUCAAAUAAGCAUGAAAAAAUAUGUGAUAACAAAAGUUGUUCAUAUUGCUUACAAGAAGUGGAUGAUAAGUGGGAGAAGGAAAACGUAAGCACCUCUUUUGAGACAAAGCUGGUCCAGGCACAGGAGACUGGCACAGUCAGCAAGCUUGCAGAAGGAACAAGACGACAGCGGAGGAAGCCAGCAAACCCUCAGAAAAGCCCUUUGCUUGGUGACCCCAAUUUUAGUGGAGUCACCAUAUACUUCCAGACUGUUUGGCAUGGGCAGACUUGCAAACUGCACAUGAGACAUUAUUACAGUCGGCUGCCAUGCCAAAAGAUGCGAAAACAGCGACAAAGCCUUAUCAUUGACUGUGAGCAUGACAGCUGUGAACCUGGAGGGGACUGCAAGUAUGAGGCACCAGAAAAAGACAAACUAGUUCUUGCAGGCGGAAAAUGCUGUGCAUCAUGUGGAACUCACAGAACUCCUCUCUGGAGGGAUGCUGAAGAUGGUACUUCCUUAUGCAACGCUUGUGGAAUACGAUGUCCACAACAGAUAUCGCAAGUAUCGAGUGCGGUGUGGUCAUUGCUGGUACAUUCCUCGCAAAGACAGUAAGAUGUUUCCUGCCUGCUCCCAGUGUGGGGGCACUCUGCGCUUUACUCAAUGCAAGAAGAUUUGAGGAGACUUUUGACCAUCCUGGUUAGGCCACUUAUGUGACAGAGCGAAGCUUGCUAUAGGUCACAUCAGAUACCGCUAGCAUGUAGUCACACACUACAAUGGCAG